GUACCUCUGCGGGCACAGCACCCCGAAUUGGGUGUGCACAGUCUGCUCUGGGGGUACAUCUGCGGGCAGAGCACCCCGAAUUGGGUGUGCACAGCCCGCUGGUACAGCGGGGUGCAGGACCCCCCAAACAGGGUGUGCAAAGCCCUGGGAACACGAGGGGCGCAGGAUCCCCACAAAGCAGGGGGCACAGCUGAGGGGAUACAGCCGGGGGCACAGGUGUGUGCCCAUCUGAGCAGUGCCCAGCGCGGCCCCAGCCCAUCCCGGGCCGCCGGUGCCAGCCCCGUUCCAGCAUCCAGGCCCGGGCUGGGGGCGCGGGGGUGUCUGGCGGGAGAUCCGCACCCCCUGGCCCGGGCCAGGCACGGCCCCUUCCCCGCUGCCGGCCCCCUCCUGGGUCGCAUUAGCUGAUGAGCUCCCGGGUAAUGAGUUCUGCACCCGCCGCAGCCGCUUCCCACCUCCCUGUUUGGACAAGUGCUGGGGCGCGGCUGGGCUGGGGCAGCGCCGGCUGUGGGGUCAGAGCCCCGCAGCCUUGGGAAAAUCCCUAAUUGUAACAAAUAGAGUUUAAGUCUUGCGAAUUCCUUUAGCUUCAGCCAAAAGUGCUUAGUCCCUUAUUAAUGUGUGCAAGUGGUUAUCUUAGCCUCAAAGGCUCUGGGCCUGAGCAACACCAGUAAGAAGAUGUAUCUUGGGCAAACCACAGAGCUGGGAGGUAUUCAAAGACAAGAAAUCUUUUUUGAGGCCUAUGACCAAAACCGGAUACUUUGAGGAAUGGGGUGUUCCCCAAACGAGCACCAGAGACCCUCAGAAGACCCCUACUCUUAUGUAAAUGAGCUCCAAAAAGUGAUACAAAUAUGCAAAAGAAUUUGCGGGAAUGUUUAGCGUACGAGUUUUGGGAAAUGUAAUUAAUAACUUACAAAGAUUUAAACUAGUCUGCUAGCCAGCUGUGCUCUGUGUAGUAGGAGAUAUCCCCUGCACACCCAGCACUGAAAUAAUGCUACUUCCUAAUUCUGAAAUGACAGUGUCAGAGGGGUUUAUUCCCAAUUUUUGGUGACAGCAGGACACCCCGCAACCCCCCACUCCUGGGAGCAGGGGGUUCCCCCGUCCCUUCAGCCCCAGUCAAUGGGGAGGGUGCAGGGCCAUGGCCAGGGCUCCACACCGGAGCUCAGUCAGUGCCCAGCUCAGGCUGUGCCCCCAGGAGCCCCGAGCCCUUCUGCUGAGAGCUCCCUGCCCUGCUGGGACCCUCCCAGGACACGUCCCUGCCCUCUGGGGACCGCCACCCCUGCUCUGGCACCUCCCGGCUCAGGCGCCUGUGUGGUUUUGGGGUCCUGUUUCCCCCUCUCUCUGGGAUGGCACCGCUCACAGGGACACUGCCCAGGGCUGCGUCUGGUGCAGGGCUCCGUGCUGCCAAGCACCCGGCGGACAGCCCCCCUCACCCCCUGCUCUCCCUCAGCCCAUCGGCACAGGGUGUCCCCUGACCCACCACGGUGCACCCCCGUGCCCUGGGGACCCCAACCCUCAUCAGCACAGGGACCCCCAGACCAAGCAGCACAGCCUGUCCGGAGCCGUGCGGGGCAGCCCCCGUGGGACCGCGGGGACAGGCGCAGCACGGGCAGUGCAGGGAUGGCUCUGGGACCCCCACCCGAGCACCCUGCACGCCCCGCUGCCCCUGCCCCUUGGGGCCGUCAGUCCGAGCCAGCAGCGGCCGUGGCUGGGAGCCGGGCAGAGGGCAGGGAGCUGCGGGGACUGUGCUCGGGGUCCGGCGGGGGAAGGUCCCGGGCUCGGCAGAGGCUGUGCGGGAGCUGCGGGGCGAUCCGGUACCGGGCUGCGGGGCUGGCGGCACGUUAGCAUCUCUCACGGCCGUGUGAAUGGGUCUCCACACACUUCCCAGCGCCGGCAGGGCCAAUUAAGGACCAGAGGAGUCAGAUCUGACACCUCUGCAAAUGGGCCCGGCAUUCCCAGGCUCCUGCCGCCCGCCCGGAGCGGGGCGAGCCUGGGGGAGCUCCGUAUCUCCAGGUGGGCACAGGGGCACCCGGCACUGUCCUCUCUGCCCCCGGGGCCUGGGGUGCUGCCAGGACCCCCGUGGUGCUUCGCUGCGGGCUGGGGGACACAUGCCACGGUGGAGACACCCCCGGAGCCGCACGGGGCUCCCGGCAUGGGGACGGGCGCCUGGGGCUCACCUCUCUGCAGCCCUGCUGAGGGCACUGCCCAGGAGGUGCUUGGGGGUCCGGAGAUGGGGUUAGAGACCUGGGGGUCACCCCCCUACACCCCUGCUGCAGGGACCCCCCCAGAGCUUCAGAGGAUUCCCGGCUACACCGCCCGGGAGCCUCCCCACAGAUGUGCCACGGGUAAUAGGAUGGCUUCCUCCUGCUGCUUGGAGCCUCCGGGGCAGGACUGAUGGACGCAGGGCACCACAGCACCCCUGCACCUGGAUCCAGCUGCCCACGCAUCACCAGGUACCCAAAGACCCAGCCCAGCCCCUGCUCCUGCAGUCCCUGGGCUGGGGUGGAGGACGAUCCUCGUGGGGUGGGUGGCAGGGGGUGCAGGGUGGGGGGUCCCACAGCCACUCACCUCCCACAGCUCUCCCCCAAACAGCUCAGCAGCCCCUGGGCCCCAGCCAGGCUCAUCUUCCCUGCUCCUGCCGCAGCCUCUCUCCUGCCCAGCCGCCCCCCAGCACACAGCACGGAGGGGCUGGAGCUGACUGCAGCCCCGGACAGAGCCCACACAGGCACGGUGGCACGGCAGGGGGGCAGGGGGGCAGUGGGGAAGGGGGCAGUGCCAUGGGUCAGUGGCACGGCCAUGCCGCAGAGCUGCACGGGUGGGACAGACACCAGGAUCCUCACUAAAGCUGCCCUGCAGCGCUGCUCCCCCGUUCCUUACUGCGGGACCUGCUGGCUGCACCCUCCAGCCUGGCUCCCCCCACACACACAGAGCCAGGUGCUGCCCUGGCCAGCGGCUCGGUGCCCAUUGCCAGCCCAGCCCACAGCCCAGACGUGUCCCAGGGCUGGGGUGGCAGAGGGACUCACCACCUUGGCCAUCCCCAGCCCCACUGACCCCAGCUCCCACCUGCCUGGGGGUCCCAUCCCUUCCCUGUGCCCAAAGUCACCCUGUCCCUUCAGGGUAGCCCAUGGGGACGGUCCCUCCUACCUGUCACAGCCACCCCCUGGCCCCCGGGCCGAGCCUGCAGCACCUGCCCGGAGCAGGGCCGGGCAGAGGGGUCCUGGUGCCAGUGCCCCUGAGCAGGGCGCGGCAGGAGAGCUCACACGCAGCUGUCAGACAGAGGGGCUCGGGGCUGGCGUCAGCGAAGCCCCCAGAGCCACUUAGCACCCGGCUCCUAACAGCCCGGGGGCUCACAGCCCCGGGCCCUGCCCCAGGCCCGCGGGGCCCCUGGCGCUUCCUACCCAGGCUGUCGCAGUCCCCCAGCACGGCCCCCAGCACCAGGGUGCCCCUGGAAAC